AUGCCCAGCUAUACCGGAAAAUGCGUUUGUGGCAACGUCAAAUACAGCGUGUCAUUGGACUCGCCCGAUGACGCACGAACUUCACUUUGUCAUUGUGGAAGUUGCAAGAGGGCAUUUGGAACUAAUUUCGGCCUUACCACAAAAGUCGCACUUGAUGGUUUCAGCUACGACCAAGGCAGGCCCAAGACAUUCAAGCAGGAGAACGGAGUAGUCCGAGAUUUUUGUGACAAUUGUGGUGCUUUCAUCUGUGAAUAUGGUGAACAAGCCGCGGACAAGUUCCGAUACAUCAUGUGGGGUACUUUUGAUGAACGAGAAAGGUUCCCUCCCAAAGGAGAGUUCUUCUGCAAGUAUAGAGAGACUUGGAUGCCAGAAGUACCCGAUGUCUUUCACAAGAAUGAGAUCAAGGACUAG